AUGAGGCAAAACUUCAUAGCCCAGUUUGUUCAACUUAUGAAGGAUUGGUUGUAUGAAAUGCGGGCAGGCGGUGUUGUGGAGAAGAAUAGGGCCCUUGCUAUUGAUCAGUGCCCAGCUGAUCAGUUCGACAGCUUAGACAAGCAUACACAAUGGGGAAUUGACUUCUUGGAAAGAUAUGCCAAAUUUGUUAAAGAGAGGAUAGAAAUUGAACAGAACUAUGCGAAACAAUUGAGAAAUCUGGUUAAGAAGUACUGUCCCAAACGUUCCUCCAAAGAUGAAGAGCCAAGGUUUACUUCGUGUAUAGCCUUUUUUAACAUCCUUAACGAGUUAAAUGACUAUGCAGGACAGCGAGAAGUAGUAGCAGAAGAAAUGGCCCACAGAGUUUAUGGUGAAUUAAUGAGAUAUGCUCAUGAUCUGAAAACUGAAAGAAAAAUGCAUCUUCAAGAGGGACGAAAAGCUCAGCAAUACCUCGACAUGUGUUGGAAACAGAUGGAUAAUAGUAAAAAGAAAUUUGAAAGAGAAUGUAGAGAGGCAGAGAAGGCACAACAGAGUUACGAAAGAUUGGAUAAUGACACUAAUGCAACCAAGGCAGAUGUUGAAAAGGCUAAACAGCAGUUGAAUCUACGUACGCAUAUGGCUGAUGAAAAUAAGAACGAAUAUGCUGCACAAUUACAAAACUUUAAUGGAGAACAGCACAAACAUUUCUACGUAGUGAUUCCUCAGAUUUACAAGCAACUGCAAGAAAUGGAUGAACGAAGGACUGUUAAACUUAGUGAGUGUUACAGAGGAUUUGCAGACUCAGAACGGAAAGUUAUUCCUAUCAUUUCAAAGUGUUUGGAAGGAAUGAUUCUUGCAGCAAAAUCAGUUGACGAAAGAAGAGACUCUCAGAUGGUAGUGGACUCCUUUAAGUCCGGAUUUGAACCUCCCGGAGACUUUCCAUUUGAAGAUUAUAGUCAGCAUAUUUAUAGAACCAUUUCUGAUGGGACUAUCAGUGCAUCCAAACAGGAAAGUGGAAAGGUGGAUGCCAAAACCACAGUAGGAAAGGCCAAGGGCAAGUUGUGGCUCUUUGGAAAGAAGCCAAAGCCACAAUCCCCACCCUUAACCCCUACUAGUUUAUUCACAUCCAGUACUCCUAAUGGGUCCCAGUUUCUCACAUUCUCCAUUGAGCCCGUGCAUUAUUGUAUGAAUGAAAUAAAAACAGGGAAGCCCAGAAUUCCUUCUUUCAGAAGUCUCAAAAGAGGGUGGUCGGUGAAGAUGGGCCCAGCACUAGAAGAUUUCAGUCAUCUGCCACCAGAACAGAGACGUAAAAAACUACAGCAGCGCAUUGAUGAACUUAACAGAGAACUACAGAAAGAAUCAGAUCAAAAAGAAGCACUCAACAAAAUGAAAGAUGUAUAUGAGAAGAAUCCACAAAUGGGGGACCCAGGGAGUUUGCAGCCUAAAUUAGCAGAGACCAUGAAUAAUAUUGAUCGCCUGCGAAUGGAAAUCCACAAGAAUGAGGCUUGGCUCUCUGAAGUUGAAGGCAAAACAGGUGGAAGAGGAGACAGAAGACAUAGCAGUGACAUAAAUCAUCUUGUAACACAGGGACGAGAAAGUCCUGAGGGAAGUUACACCGAUGAUGCAAACCAGGAAGUUCGUGGACCGCCCCAACAGCAUGGCCACCACAGUGAGUUUGAUGAUGAGUUUGAAGAUGAUGAUCCCUUGCCUGCUAUUGGACACUGCAAAGCUAUCUACCCUUUUGAUGGACAUAAUGAAGGCACUCUGGCAAUGAAAGAAGGCGAAGUUCUGUACAUUAUUGAGGAGGACAAGGGUGAUGGAUGGACAAGAGCUCGGAGACAGAACGGUGAAGAAGGCUACGUUCCCACAUCAUACAUAGAUGUAACUCUAGAGAAAAACAGUAAAGGUUCCUGAAGAGGGUUUCUGAGGAAAUGGGCAAGAUGUUGAAGGAGGUUACAUGCAGCUGCUUUUGGGGGGGGAGGUGUUAGAAUUGUCAGGCUCAGAGAGAGUGAGAGAAGCAAGUUGCAUGAGUGCAUGCAGACAUGAUUAUUCUUUACUAACUUCAUUAGCAUUUCCAUGUGUUGUUUUAAAAAAUCAUUGUAAUACCAACCCUUAAAUUUGUCAUUUAUAGUUAUUCAUAUAAAG